AUUCUCACCGGGACAUGUGACGUCACGACCCUGCCGGUCUUUCUAUGGUAUCGAGCAGGCGACAGGGGAAGGAGUCAAGAAUCUCACUUUCGUGGAGCUGAACGAAGUCUGUCUGAGUGAUAGGAUAGCAUCCACUGGAUCCUCCAUCAAACUUGGGAAGAUAAUCUGUGUCCUGUCGCGUGUAUCGGAACAGGACAAUCCGGACACCUGGACGAUUAAUCGUUGAACGUGUAUUUAUACGUUUUUAUUUGAUGUGAAUGUUGGACUGAACAGACGAGUGUUAGCCGUUAACUAUGGCUAAUGCAGCGUUAGCAGUUACCGAGUGCCAGUAACGUUAACGUUAGCUAAGAUUUUAGCCGACGUUAUACCCCUCAGCUUCACAAGCUAUCGUACAACUCAUGUUAGAUUUUUAACGAUAACAACAGGUUUUAGGUAGUGUCACAAUAAUUGUCGACCUCUUGAUUUUAAAGUAACGUCAAAUCCAGUAACGUUAUCUUACUGUAAUCAACUACAGCUAACAACCUAGCUAGCGAGUCUAGGUAACGCGGGUUGCAGGCUAGCUAGCGAUAUCUAGCUCAAUGUGAAAGGUCUCGUUUGUGACAACUUACUCUGUAAUGUGUCCCUGCCAUACUGCCUAAUCGUUUUUUAAACAAACAGUCGUUUUGGAGAAUGCUGUUUGUGUAGCUUGUAGUUGCUGUCGCUGUCUGUCUAAUUUGUCCUUUUAGAAAACUGAUAUUGGCACCGUUAGCAGCUACCGUAGUUGAAACGGUAACUCAAUGCUAGCUAACGUUUCUGUUAGAGAAAACAAUAAUUGGCCUUGAGAUAGUGGCUUGUCAUUAGGGUUACAACACCCCUCAAACAUUACUGGACAGGACAUCGCCGUCUUUUUUUACUGAACGUUACUUAAAUCUCGAGUACCCAAGCAGUCCCGGAGGAGCUGCGGGGUUGGAGCAUGUCAGGGCGACCCAGAACCACUUCCUUCGCGGAGAGCUGCAAGCAAGUGCCGCAGCCCUCAGCCUUCGGUAGCAUGAAAGUCAGUCGAGAUAAGGAUGGCAGUAAAGUGACCACAGUAGUGGCUACUCUGGGCCAGGUUCCGGACAGGCCUCAGGAGGUCAGCUACACAGACAUCAAGGUGAUCGGCAAUGGCUCCUUUGGCGUGGUGUACCAGGCCAAGCUGUGCGACUCCGGAGAGAUGGUGGCCAUCAAGAAGGUCUUGCAGGACAAGCGAUUCAAGAACCGUGAGCUGCAGAUCAUGCGGAAGCUGGACCACUGCAACAUCGUGCGCCUGCGUUACUACUUCUACUCCAAUGGAGACAAGAAGGACGAGGUGUAUCUGAACCUGGUGCUGGACUAUGUUCCAGAAACAGUGUACCGCGUCGCCCGACACUACAGUCGAGCCAAACAGAUGCUCCCCAUGAUCUACGUCAAGCUCUACAUGUACCAGCUGUUCCGCAGUCUGGCCUACAUCCACUCGUAUGGCAUCUGCCACCGGGACAUCAAACCCCAGAACCUGUUGCUGGACCCUGAGACUGCUGUCCUCAAGCUCUGUGACUUUGGGAGGAGCCCAGAGCUCAUCUUCGGAGCCACCGACUACACAUCCAGCAUAGACGUGUGGUCAGCGGGCUGCGUGCUGGCAGAGCUGCUGCUGGGGCAGCCCAUCUUCCCCGGGGACAGUGGCGUCGAUCAGCUCGUGGAGAUCAUCAAGGUUCUGGGCACCCCCAGUAGGGAGCAGAUCCGUGAGAUGAACCCCAACUACACAGAGUUCAAGUUCCCCCAGAUCAAAGCACACCCCUGGGCUAAGGUGUUCCGGCCCCGCACCUCUCCGGAGGCGAUGGCUCUGUGCUCGCGGCUCCUGGAGUACCCGCCGUCCUCCCGCUACUCCCCGCUGGAGGCGUGCGCCCACUCCUUCUUCGACGAGCUGCGCGAGCCCAACACUAAGCUACCCAACGGCCGCGACAGACCGGCUCUCUUCAACUUCACCACUCAGGAGUUGUCCGGUAAUCCAUCUCUGGCGUCCAUCUUGAUCCCUGCUCACGCUCGCACCCCUGCUGGCUCCAGCCCCGCUGGAUCAACCAACGCAGACUCCAGUGGUGAGCAUGGCCAGACCAACGCUGCCUCUUCCUCCAACCCUGCGUCCUGAGUAGCCGGGCCCCUCCGCCCACCCCCAUGAGCAGGCCAAUCCUGCGUCGCUCUCUGACCACACCUGUGGUCCCACAGCCACAGCUGGGUUGCCCUCUUUCAAAUCAAAACAAGCAAAAAAAAAAAAAAGAACUCAAGGAACAUAGAAGAGCCAUCAUAAUGUCAACCCCACCCCCUAUCCUUACCCCUCCAACACACACACACACACUCUCCCAGCUCCCAAUGAUGUGUUUUUACUGCUGUUUAUCCAGUCAUUUUUUGUUAUUGUUGUCAUUGCUGUUAUUGUCAUUAUUUAUUUGUACAAAAGGACAUCUGUGAUGUGUGGAAGCUGCUCUUCUCCCCAGAUCUCAAUGGAGGAUUUGACUGUCAGAAUAGUGAAAAGCAUGACACGUUCAACUGGACGCUGCUAACGUGAAGAACGUGAUCAUAGCUUCAUUCACACUGACAAACUGAUGUCUGCUUAUUUUACUCUGAGAAUGCAAGCUGGAUGUAAGACCAGCUUUCAUUGCCUACUGACAGUGGACAGUGCCGUAGAGGACCCAAUGUUUCCAUCUAGUGGCCGAAGGCCCCGCAUCACCCUCAAACCUACUUUCCAAAAGUCUCCUUUGUAUGCUUGGCAAUUGAUGCCUGUCACCCCUCUGCCCCAGACAAGACUGUAACCGGAAAACAUUCUGACCUCCAGCCUCUGUUGGAGAGAGGGUUGGGUGGUGGAUCCUCAAAAAUGGGUGCUGAAAGUGGAGUGUUACUUCAUUUGUAUGUGUGUUUUUUUUUUUUUUCGUUUUUUUUUUAAACCACUUUAGCAGUCUUCCUGCAGUCCACUCCCAUCAGGUCAUUGAAACACAUUAGCCUACACGUUUAACUAUUUCACCAAACUGAAUUUUGUGUGUGUGUGUGUGUGUGUGCGCGUGUGCCUGUCUGCACCUGUGUAUGUGUGUGCGUGCCUGUCUGUCUGUCUGUUCUUGUGCAAGUCUGCAUGCGUUGCCCAUGAGCUCUAAGCAAGCAGACCCCUUUUAGUGAGAGAAAAGAAAAAUGAAGACAAAUCAGGGCGAAAAGAGUGUAGAUAUCCCAACACGUCACCACAUACCGUAUUAUGGUUGCAUCGGCCACAGCACCACACGAGUUUGGAGUGCCUUUAACACACACACACACACACAACUGCACACGCUCAAGCACACGUUCCGUCUGAUUUUUGUUUCGUGUGUACAAUAUGUGUGUGAAACUGUAUGUCCGUGCUCAGCGGUGUCUAGGUGAGAUGCUGGUGGUUGUGCUGGCGCUGUACUGUUACUGUGGAACUGCAUAGUGUCACCAUCAGCUCUCCCCGCGGGCAUGUUGAAACAGUCGUAGAUCACGGCCCUCCGUAGUUUUAAUCUGUGCAUAAGCCUCAUCACGAGCUGGACCUUCAUAGUCGCUGAGGAACAAUGAUGUAAUGGCUGUAGAAGUCGAGCUUUAGCGUCAAAGGGUUGCAUGUCUCAAAUGGAGGUGCCCUUUGGGUCGUGUCAGUGUGUCUGGGUGCGCUUGCAAUUUCAUCAGAAGUGUAUGCAAGGUAUGCUUGCUGUAGUAUUGGCACCCGUUCCUCUGCUCCUGGUGGUCAUCCCUAACCAUGAUGCUCAACACACGCAGAAGCAGGAUUACCUUCAAAGGACAGGAUGAGGUGAUUGUAUUGAAAAGCAGCAGGCCCAUUUGCGGCUUAAAAGAAACAAAACGGUGUUCUCUCUAUACUUGAAUUGUUUUUUUUUUUUUUUGGAUACAGCUGUAUGCUUCCUGAGUUAACCUCUGACAUCCAUGUAAAUACAUCUGGUUCUGCUUUCAUGUGUCACUUAAUUCAGAGCAGUAGGUUUAUGGUACUGCGUUCAAUAAAGUGUAGGAUAGCUUGGAAACACUA